AUGUUUGGACCUGUUCAUGAUGUAAGGAUUCCAUAUCAACAGAAAAGAUUGUUUGGGAUUAUGACAUUUGUGUACCCGGAUACCAUUAAGAUCAUUUUGGCCGAAGGGAAUCCUUAUCGUGUUUGUGAUUUAUGUGUGCUUGUGAAACCUUACAAGGAGAAGGGCAAAUUCAAAGAGAAACACUUUUUCUUGACUAUCUUUAUAGUUCAUGAAACUCAGAAACAAUAUCUGCAACAGUGCUUAAGCCCAUCUGGACUUGAUUCCACACCCCCUUUGGUAAUAAUGUUAUUAAACUCACGAGAGAUGAUGCUGAGGAAAAUGGAGCAUGAGGCAGAGAUGAAGCAGGCCAUUGAACUCCAGGGCAGAAGAACUCCGCUGGAAUUUGAUGACUGCAAAGAAACAACUGUUGAAGCUGAUGAGAAGAGGGGCUGGAAGCAUUUAUCGGGGGAGAACAUCGUGGAAGUGGUAAAAGAAGGUUUUUUGAGUUGCCGUAGCCAAGUCAGGAUUUUAGUUUUGUUAAGACUCAACCAGAAAGCCAAGUCAUGCACGCCCUUAGUCUGCGGAAUUAUUUUUCAUGGUGUAGUGGAU